AGAGGAGAAAAGCGACAGGAGGAGAGUAACCACAAAGAGGAGAGCAACAGCGGCAGGGCCGGCACGCAGCCGAAAAGCCAGAAAGGGGGGAGAUAUCAGACAGAGGAAGGAGGAGGGCGGACAUGGAGGCGGCGAUGGAUCUGAUGCGGCGGAUGCCGCCGGGGAGGGCGGAGACGGCGCUGAACGCGCUGCUCUCCCUCAUCCCCGACCACUCCCUCGACCUCCUCUCCCAGGUCGACCUCCCGCUCCAGGUUUGCAUGGACAAGGAGAGCGUGAAGGAAUACAUCCUAUGCGAGUACAACCGUGACGCUGACUCCUACAGGUCUCCUUGGUCAAACAAAUACGAUCCUCCUUUGGAAGAUGGAACAGUUCCCUCCGAAGAGAUGAGGAAUCUUGAAGUUGAGGCAAAUGAUGUUUUCUCUGUCUACCGUGACCAGUAUUACGAAGGUGGCAUCUCUUCUGUGUAUAUUUGGGAGGAUGAAGAUGAGAGUUUUAUUGCAUGCUUCUUAAUAAAGAAAGAUGGAGAAGGAAAAAGAGGGCACAUGCAGAUUGGUUCAUGGGAUGCUAUUCAUGUCAUUCAGGUUGGUCCUGAAGAAGAAGGAGCAGCGCAUUACUGCUUGAACAGCACUGUGAUGCUAUCAUUGACAACAGAUAACAAGCAAUCUGGAACUUUCAACUUGUCGGGAUCAAUCAGGCGGCAGAUGAGUAUGACUCUUGCUGUGGCAGAUGGGCACCUGGUUAAUAUGGGAAAAAUGAUAGAAGAAAUGGAGGGCAAGCUCAGAAAUUCGUUGGACCAGGUUUAUUUUGGGAAGACCAGAGAGAUGGUUUGCACGCUUCGGCCACCACCCGAAGUAUUAAACAGGAGGCUACCUGACAGCUGAGAAAACGCAGAGAUGUGAAUUUUUAACACAAGAACUAUAUAUUAGUCUUGCAAUCAUCUCCUUAGCGACCUAGAGUCUCUUUUCGUAAUUGAUCUGUAUUUAAUAGUAGCAGUCUCUAAAAUGGACACCACUUUGAGCCAUCAUAGGAGUGUCUUCUCCAUUGAAUUGUGAGGAAACUGGGCAAAGCUUCUUCAUGGCAGCUGUAACAGAGAGUUUAAGCAAAAGGGAGCAGGAGUUUGCAUUUGCCGAACUCGUUGUCACUGCCCCUGAGAGCAAUAUUCUGUCAUCUUUGUGAAGAUCUACAUCUUCUUGUGACCUUACAAUUUGUUAAAUCAAUGCAAGAAUAUGGUUAUCUGCUUA